AAUUAAUAAUUUGUUAUAUGUAGUCCCAUUGUUAUGUUAAGAGACGUAUCAUGUACACUUCUUACUUGAGACUCACCAUAAACAUGAAGUACUUUAUCAAAAUAAUCCAAAAAUAAAGAGAAAGCUAAGAAUAAAUGUUUUAAAAUAAUUACAGAUUGAAGAUUCUUUUUGGACGCAUCUUUGGGCAUUAGUUAUCGAAGUUUGAACUUCGUUACCUAAACCAUAUAUUGAACUAAUAUUCAGGUUUCGCGUUUUUCGUGUAUCUUCUGUUAAAGAUAACAUUUACGAAAGGGUUCAAUAAAACAAAAAUUGGUGUCCAGCAAUUUCAGAGCCUACUUAUUGAGGAACAACUUCGGUUUCAUCAAAGUAAGAACUAAUUAUUUCCUAGCAAGUGAAAUCCCUUAAGACAAGCAAGAGAAGAAGAUAAUUACGAUGUUUGAAUGAUGGAACUAUCUCCAAAGGAUGAUAUUACUAAUGUAUUGAAUAAUGGGUCGCCGCAGUCAGCGGACCCUUCUUUAUGGGCCAUUUUUGGGCAAAACUCGAUGGAAGAUUCGAACGAAAGGCGAAAUAUUGGCUCUGAAGCAGACAAUGGUAUUUUUGACCUUAGCCAGUUAAACGAACAUCAACUGGCUUCCUCUGUACCCAAUCCCAUAGGCUUGUCAGGCCAUGAUGGUCUCAUAGCCAAAAACUUUGAAGAAGCUGAUACUUCUGGUAAGCAAGAAGCAUCAAUGUUAAACCAGCAUAUGCUCAAUACCGAAGCGGCUCAAAAAGGUUUGGAUGCGAAAGGUCGACAGUCGGUGAAUGGCAUUCGUAAAGGUAAACGUGUUUCUGCUACCGCUAAUUCUCUUGAACGUAAUGGAACCCAGUUUGUCUCAAAUGAGGCUCCAAUUGCCGUUAAGUCUAGCAUCCCUGCCCUUCCAAGAACUACAUACGAAAGACUCUGUUACGAGUCAGCAAUUGCCAGUGGAUUAUCUCCUAAUUCUCUUUCCGACGAAGAAGUGGAAUUACUUUCCGAAAUCUUAGAUAAUCCAAAUUGGUUGUCCCUAUAUUUGAAAAUACGCAAUGGCAUAUGCUAUCUUUGGCAUAGAAAUCCAACACUAUUUGUGUCCUUUAAUGAAGCUUUGGGUAUAGUCCGCGAUAAGAUGGCAUUUCCCCUGGCAUCCCUUGCUUUUGAGUUUUUAACACGCAAUGGAUAUAUUAAUUAUGGAUCACUAAACAUUUCUCAGAAUGUACAACCAGGAGAAACUCUUCCUCGGAAAACGAUAGCUGUUGUUGGCGCUGGUAUGGCUGGAGUAAGUUGUGCACGACAAUUGGCAAAUCUAUUUGCCCAGUACGAACAAGACUUUACAACACGAGGUGAGCAGCCUCCGCAAUUGAUUGUAUAUGAGGCAUCAAGUCGUUUAGGAGGUCAUGUAUUUUCCCAUGAGAUAUCACUGAUUGAAUCAUUAAGUGAAGAAGAACAGGUUGGGCUUCAAAUGGACAUACCUCAAGCAUGUACGGUAAAUUUGUCGUCUGAUUUUCUAUAUGGCUUUCCAUUUUUAGAAAAUGAUCCGCUGCAUAUCAUUGUUUCACAACAACUUUCACUAGAUGAAGUACUACGCCAAACACAGAAUGUAGCUCUGUAUGAUUCCGACGCAUGUCGGAUAGAUCAGAGGUACAUAGACAGAAUUUUGAUGUUAUUUCGGUCCUUACUUGAUUAUUUCUUUUCAAUGAAAAACGAUCAGCUUUUAAAUAUUGUGUCCUCCCCCAAACAAAAGUUUAUUGGCGCUCUUCAGAGUUUGGAUUGGCAUUUGGUUGGUGAUAUUUUUCCUUUAUCUACUCAGGAUUCACUAAAAAUCUUCUUAGAGGAUUCCUUUAGAAAUCUUAACCAUUCACUACACUUUUCCAUUCCCGAAACCCGAGUUUUUGAGUGGUGUGUCGAGUACCUAAAACAAACAUCUUACGCGCCGUUAGAAUCAAUAAAGCCGACAUCAUUCAAUUCUAUUAACUUUCCUUUUGGUGAAGAUGUUCCUUCGUAUGCAAUUAAGAAUGGCAUGUCAACCUUGAUCGAAGCACUAGCUACAACUCCUAGUCCUCUACCUAUUCUCUUUGAUCAUACUAUCCAGUCAGUCGAUGUAGACGAUCAAAAAGUUCAAUUAUCAUUUACGAAUGAGGAAUCCGUAACAGUUGAUAAGGUGGUAAUGUGUCUACCCAUCGACAAAUAUCGAAAUUCUACCGUUUCAUUUCGACCAGCGAUAUCAGAGAACAAGAUCAAUGCUUUGAAUAAAUGCUAUAUGUUAAAUCGUAAAAAAAUAGUUUUUCUGUUUAACAAGCAGUUUUGGGAACUUAACAGAAGCAUUUUUGGAUCUUUAACUUCUAGCAAGAAAAAUUAUAUAUUUAACGACUGUUCAGACAUAUAUGGAUUACCAUCAUUAAGCGUGUAUGUUGAUAUUCCUGCGCAUCAGCAGGUCGUUGACAGAGACAUUGUUCAUGAUAUCCUUGCUGAACUUCGUAGUAUUUUUAAGGUGGAGAACUUGCAACCUUUAAGGACUGUUAUCACCAACUGGGAAAACAAUGCAUUUUUGAACCAUUCUUCUUAUACCAUCUCUCCCGAUUCAUCUUUAGAAGAUUAUUCUAUUUUGAGAGAAAGUAUGGGCGACACUGUAUAUUUUGCCAGCGAAGCAUUGUCAAAAGACCACCCUGGGACUCUAAGAGGGGCUUUCCAGUCUGGUCUACUGGCAGCUAAAGAUAUCCUUAGCUCUUUAAUUGGAGAUGUUGCUGUUCCUAGUACCUUGAUAGUGGAAGAAAAACUUGAAGGAUCCGAAUCCAGUCGUAAACGAUCAGCAGGACAGACGUAUGAUACUAGAAGGAAGGAUAAUGAUGACGAUAAAGCUCUCAGUUAUUACCAUGACUACCUUAGAUUGAGGAAGCAGAGACUUGAAAAAGAAGAGCAGGAAUGUGAACUUCUAAUAGCUGAAUUGCUUGGCACUCGCCCUACCGCCCCUGCUAGACCGAGUGCUAAUCCAUACUUGAUAUAUCAAAAAACUCAAUGGCAUGUGUGCAGAGCAUUGGCAGACCAAGAAAAGCAAAGAAGCACUGGCGAUCCUGAAGUACGAGCUACUAAGAAUGAAAUUAGGGCCAAGCUUGGAAAGACUUGGAGAGCUCUCGAUGAUUUAGGGAAACAACCCUGGGUUGAUGAGGUCACUGCUAGAAGAGCAAAUUAUUCCAGUCGUUUGGAAGAAUAUCAAAGACAAAUAAAUGGCUAUAAUGUUCGUGCCGCCCAAAUCCGCGAUGAACAUCUUCGCAAGUGUGAAUCACAGCCACUGCCCGAAGAAGAAGCAAGGUUAAAGAUUCUUUCACAAGAAGAAGAUGAACGUGCACAAAAGCGAAGACUUUUAGAAAACACAGCAUUGAACGACAGUGACGAGGAAUAUCGAGACGAUAUGGAUUAUGAAGAACAAUUUGAUGAUAAUUUUUCUGAUACAUUCACAUAACUACAAUAAUUAAAUAAAAAAUGUACGCAUGGAUCACUGGUGCAAGAAUUUUUCAGAAAAAACGAUCUAAAUCUAUCUUCGUAAGAAAUUUAAUUAUAAUUUAUAUGCCAUUCUUGUGUAAUGAGAUGUAUCAAUUAUCAUAUAUAUUGCUUUCGUUUGAUACUCCUAGACAUACUUAAUGUUUUAUCGAGGUCACUACACAGUACCUGGCAUUAAACCAAUUGA